UUGCAAAAUAUAUCAUUCUUUGGAAAUGAUAUAUUUAGUCCUUAACAAAUCUUUUCCAAAGCCAUAUACAUGCACAACAGCAGCAAAUUUAUUUUCCUUUGAAUUGUUUAUUAUUUUGAUUUUGAGAAUUGGUCUGAGAAUAUUAUAGAUUUCUCAUCAUUUCCUCAAGCGUUCAAAAUGUUGACAGCGCGUUUUAGUCGCUGCGAGAAUGAUUCGGAAAGUAUAUAGUACAAUGUCAGCAGAUAGAUGGUUAACAUUCGAGCUCAGCACAAUUCAAUGGUUGAUUGUUUGGUGACAAGAAUAUAAGUAUGCGUGUAAACUACAAUGUACAGUGUAUUACUAGCAUAUUCAAGUAGAGCAGACGAUGAGACGGUUCCACCUCAGCUGAUUUCCGUGUUGGAGAAAUCUACGUAAGUGUCGUCACCUUGAAAGACGGCGUCGACAAACUGCUGAGUGUAUCAGAUAUAAACUGUAGAGGAACCAUCAGCUGAUGUUCUAGACAACUAGAAUGGCGUGUAGUAACUUCGACAGCACCAGUAUAUCAGACGACGAGAUGGAGGUCUGCGAGACCGUUGGGGCUUGCAAUUUCCAAAUGCUAAGCACUCUUUCCCAUAGUUUCACUCUUCCGAGAACAAUGCCUGUGGAUUAUACAACUUAUCUACUUUCGUCUAGUCCACCAGCUUCCAUGCUGGAACAGAUAUUUUCAAACCGCUGCGAGAAGCUACCAAAUACACAUCGCUUUACUGAAAACGUCUUCUCCUUCCGAGAGACGGCAGCUGAAGUCAGCGUAAUGGAAAAUGAAAAGAAGCCUCCAAAACCCAUCAUUCAGCGUUGCAACAGUUACGAAGAUGAGGAGAUUGAAUCUUCUUCGGGAUGUUCAUCUGGUCGAGAGUCGCCCACUCCUUCCUCGCCAAAGGGGAAGAAAAGAGUUUCGUUUGCAGACAAUAGAGGGUUUGCCCUUGCAACUGUCAAAAUAAUGACAGAGCCCUCAGAUGUACCCCCAAGGUUACGACCAGAACUUUUGGCAUCAAUCACUCAAGGGGCGACAGCAGGUGUGUCCGCAGGGCCACCUCUCAUUCUGGACUUCAAACAACCAGCUUCAGACUAUCUUAGUUUCAGAGACAAAUUAGAGAAAAAUUGUGUUUCUUUGGAGAAUGUCAUAAUCAGAGACUACACUGUCCUUGGAACAGUGAAAGUUAAAAAUGUUGCUUUUGAAAAGAAAGUGCUCUUGAGGUGCACGUUUGAUUCUUGGGAGACACAUAUGGAUGUAGAUUCUAAGUAUGCAACAUAUCCUGACACCAACAGUAUGUUUGAUACAUUUUCUUUUGAAUUUGAAGUGCCUACCAAUUUUGACCUUCAGAAAAAGAUGGAAUUUGCAGUUUGUUUUGAGGCAGACGGAAAACAAUACUGGGAUAACAAUGAUGGAAAAAAUUACAAAAUUUUCUCAGCAGAUGUCAAAGCAUCUAACCAUGAUCAAGAACCAGUCAAACCUGUGGAGGAUAUUUCGAAAUUGAGAAACGUGGAUUCGUGGACUCAGUUUGCUUCAUGGAACAAAGUGGAUACCUCUUUGCCAUACUGGUAGUGUUGCCCAUGCCCCUUAUUGAUCAUGGUGAGAAUGAAUCCCUCAGUGUCAAAAACUGGGGACUGAGAUCAAAAGAUUUCUGAUGAAGUUGCACUUCAUCUGAGAUUGAUUAAGAUCUUAAACCUGUGGAUGUCGGCUCCUGUACAUGUUAACAUGAAUAUCAGUUUCAUCCAUCGGUGUCUUAUAAAGGUUGUGUUAGCUGUGAUGUGAUAAACAUUGGCAUCUACGUGUAUAUAUACAUGUAUAUACAUAAAGGUGUGGUACGGUCUGUAACUAGUAUCAAAUACUUGUGUGUAUUGUUUACAUUUUGGAAAUGAGUCGGUCAUACAUGAAGAAUGGUAUCUUGUAAAUGUAUGUACAUGUAGAUCUCAUGUGUUCUCGUGAUACAAAUGAACAUUUUCACUACCUUGUAUUCAAUGCUUUUGCACUUUUCUGAAUGUGAAAUUGACACAAAUUUAUUGGGUGCCAUAUGCAUGUGCAACUACAAACCAGAUAUUUAUAAAAAAUAUUUUUUUUUUGAUAUGAAAGAAUAUUUUGAAAACUUUAUUAAACCAUAUGAUUUUUAGUAAUGUUUUAGAAUACUUUAAUAUAUAAAAUUGUUAUUUAUGCAUUUGAUAGUAACUGUGUGAUGUAGAUGCACUCAGUGCAGUGUAUAGCAUGUUCAUAAAUAUUAUGUUUCAUGUAGGGAUCAGGUAUUCCUUAUUUCUGAUAUAUAGGGCAACACUUAAAAAUACUUAUGUCUCUCAAGUACCCAGUAUUUUAAUACUGAGUGGGCAUUAUGCACUUUGUAAUCCAAACACAUUGUAGUAGAAAGAGAGACAACUCUUGCUUGCUUGACAUUCUAAUGAGAAGUUUGUUAUGUAGGUUAGACUAUUUUGUUUUUUACCAGUUUUUGUUGCUAAUGAAAUUUCCCCCCAUGUAUUUUAUGUGGAUGUUACAAUCAAAUCUUUAGUUUUCAACCAUUUUCAGUGCAUGGCAUCUUGUAUCUUGUACAUAUGUACUUAGUACUUGUUCAGAUUCAGAGAUACGCUUGCACUUCCUGUAAUUACCAUCCUGUAGCUUAUGAAACACAGAUUUCAUUUUAGAUUUUGUUCGUUAAUUGUAAACAUAUGUAUAUAUUAUGUAUGGUAAUUUUUACAUUACAUAAUCACUUUUAUAUGAAAUCCCUAUUCAAAAGUGAAAUAAUUAUAUUUCUUUUAACAUGUUGAAAGUGCUCACUCAACAUGAUCAAUGAAAGUUAGAAUGUACUAGCAAUUCGACUUUUUAGAAUUGUAAAGGAUCUACAAUAAAAAGUGAUAUAUUAAGCUUAUAUUUCUGUAGUUUCAGUAUUAUCAGAGCAAGAUUGCUUCAAAUAACACCCACACACCCACACCCCAAAAAAAGAGAAAAGAUUUCUCUAGCCAAUAAGAGGAGGUACAGUUUAAUGUAAAAGUUGAUUCAUUUUGUGUUCAUUAUCAUUCACAUUCUUGUGUUUUGCUUUAGACAUACAGUUUUGUCAUUACUUACAUGCUUUAACCAAUUUAACUUGGUAACUGUGAUACAAAUAUUGAAUAGCCUGAUUCCCCGAGUACCUAUUCAUAUUGUAAUCCUGUCUGGUAGACACUUGGGUCUGCCUACUGUGUUUUUUAUGUGUUAUAUAUAUAUAAUAUAUAUACUGUUGUUGGGUGCUAAAUACAUAAAACCUAUAUAUAUAUAUAGUUAUACUAGUAAGUAGGGAGAAUAUAUUUUUAAUGUGGAUGAGAGAAUUGACAUGCCUUGAAUGAAUGAUGUGUCAUAAGAUCUGAGGAAAAAAUCAUUUAAAUGCAAUAAAUAUUAAAAAAAAAAAAAA